AUGGAGAGCAGUAUAAAGCAGCUCAGCUUGGAUGGGGGGCCUCAAGGAGGAGGGGACAGCCAGGCCCUGGAUAACCUCCAGACACUGGCCCUGAGGUGGUUCAUGGAGACGCAGGCCCCUCUUAUUCUGCAGAACGGUGUCCUGCCCCCCUGGUUUCAUGGAUUCAUCACCCGCAAGCAGACUGAGCAGCUUCUCAGGGACAAAGGUCUUGGCUCCUUUCUCAUCCGCCUCAGCGACCGGGCCACCGGCUACAUCCUGUCCUACAGGGGCAGUGACCGCUGCCGGCAUUUUGUCAUCAACCAGCUCCACAACCGACGCUACCUUGUCUCGGGAGACACCCACAGCCAUAACAGCCUGGCCGAGCUUGUGCGCCAUUACCAGGAGGUGCAACUUGAGCCCUUUGGGGAGACCCUGGCCACUGCUUGUCCCCGGGUAGAGGACGAUUUAUAUGAUGCUAUCAUGUUGGACCUCCACCGGACCAACCUGGGCCUGCAAAGUCAGCCGGCCAGGGCUUCCUCCACGGCUGCCUCAGACAAGGUUGCUAGCCCCCGCCCUCCUCCAAAGUCCCAGGUCUCCUUCCUCCACGAAAACAAGAGCCUGGAUGUGAGUCCCAGGAACCUCUCUGAAGAGGGAAGCACAGAGACCUCCAUUAGGGUGCCCCCGCUCCCCGAGAGGAGUGCCUCUCUCCUAGAUGAGUCCUUUGGAAGCUCCAGUGACAUCAUCUAUGCAGACAUGAAGAAGAGGAACCAGGCCCGACAAAAUCUGGGCACAGAGGUGGUCAGCAAACAGACGCCAGUUCUUGUUGGCAGCCAAGCCUGCAUCUCCACUAGGGAGGCCCUGAGAAGACCCUCAGAUGGAGGCUUGAAUAGGUCUGAUGGCCCAGUGCUGGCCCUUGCUGGGGUGAGCUCAGACCAGGGUCUAUCAGUGUCUCCCAUUUCCCGGGGGCUCCUCAUGCUCCCUGGUUCUGAGACCCUAGGCUCCCCAGCUAUGACCUGGAGCCAGAGGUCCCCAACACUGUGCCAAGGGGCUCAAUUUUGCUUCCAGGACAGCUCUGCAGACACCUAUGAGCUCUUUGGGACAGUGGGCCUCCUCCUGCAGCAGGCUAAGAAUGUGCCAGAUCAAGAAAGUGACACCUACGAGCAGAUCCCGGCCUGCUGGGCUGGCCAAGCCAGGUCUCCUCACCCCGGGGCCAGUCCCACCUACAGCAAGCUCUCAGAGUCCAUGGACAGUGACUACGAGCACACCCCAGAGCCAGGAAACACCUAUGAGCAGAUCCCAGCCACCAGGAGCAAGGAGACUGGACGGAUACACAAGCCUGACAAGUUCCGGAAGAGGCUCUUCUUUGCGGACAAGAAGCACAAAUUCUGA